UCGAAGACGUUUAAAAAAUGGGUCGUGUGAAUACGGUUGCUCUCAUUUCCUUACUGUUUUUCGUUCAAUUUGCAAAAACUGUUGAAGUUACAACGGUAACAAUUCCAACAGCAGUGGAAUCGAAAGAUGGAGUCGGUUUCGAAGUUUUACUUGCCAAGUUGGACUACCUGGAGUACAAGUUUAUGGAACUGGAAUAUGAUAUCAAGGAGCAAAACGAACUGCUGGCGCGAAACCAGGCCCACCUCGAGAAGAACAACGAAGGAAUGAUGUGGAUGAUGACACGAUUGGACGAGGCCGUAGGACGCAAUUUCUCAAAGGUACUAGGUCAAUCGUGGCAGAUUUUGCAACAGCAAAAAAGUUGCUCUAAUCACGAGAGUUUGCGCAAAACCAUUUUUAAUUUAAAACCUAUCAAAGGGCCUUCCGAUAAUGUGCGAAUGCUGUUCGAUUUACACCAGUUCAAAGUUCGUGGUCCUUACGAUUCCUGUUCGGCGGAGCCGAGUAAGACAUCUGGUAAAUACUUACUUCAGCCGUUUACGGAGGAUGAACCAUUCGCGGGCUACUGUGAACAGACAAAAUUCGGUGGUGGUUGGCUGGUAAUUCAACAUCGAUUCGAUGGUUCAGUGGAGUUUUAUCGUAACUGGACCGAAUACAAGCAUGGUUUCGGUGAAGUUGACAAGGAAUAUUGGAUCGGUUUGGAUUUGUUGUACAAGUUGACUUCCUCCAAAACUUAUAAGUUAUUAGUAGAGUUGGAAGACUUCAACGGGGAUUACAAGUAUGCCAAGUAUUCCGAUUUUGAACUUGGCAGUGAAGCAGAAAAGUACAUGCUGAAGAAGGUGGGCACUUACUCAGGAACUGCGGGUGACUCUCUUACUUACCACAAAGGCAUGAAAUUCACUACAUUGGAUAGUGAUAACGAUGGAAGUUCGGGUAAUUGCGCCGAAACAUCUACCGGCGCAUGGUGGUACAAUAACUGUCACCACAGCAAUCUUAAUGGAAAGUACAUGAAUGCAAACGAUGUCAGAUCAGUUACGUGGUAUCAUUAUAAAAGUGCUCACUAUGGAUUGAAGUAUACUCGAAUGUUGAUUCGUGCGGUAUAAAAGGUUAAUGUUGAUAUUAAUAAUGAAGUGUAUUUUCUAUGCCUUUGAGCAUAAGUUUUCAGACAGGGUGGGAAUCAAUAAACACAAAAUUUCGUAUUUACGUAGUCGACAAUAUAUGUGUUAUAGUUUAGGAAAGUGCAUAACCUUAAGCGUGAAAAACGAAAACAAUUUACGAAAUAAAUCAAUAAUGUUGU